CUCCAGCCACGGUCAUGUGAUCCUCACGCAUCCGCCUAUCGUUUGUUGACUGGUUUAAAUAUCAACGUGACCGCUGUGACUCAACCAACCACUUCUCUCCUUUCAACCACCACCUGGUCCUCAAGACAACAACUACAAAUGGCCCGUACCAAGCAAACCGCUCGCAAGUCUACCGGAGGCAAGGCUCCUCGUAAACAGCUCGCAUCGAAGAGUGCCGCGCGCAAAACCUCCCAGCAAGCGGCUGGUGGAGUGAAGAAGCCCCAUCGUUUCCGGCCGGGUACUGUCGCCCUUCGUGAAAUUCGUCGCUACCAGAAGUCGACCGAAUUGCUCAUCCGCAAGCUGCCAUUCCAACGUCUCGUCCGUGAAAUCGCCCAAGACUUUAAGACCGACCUGCGCUUCCAAUCGUCUGCUGUUAUGGCUCUUCAGGAGGCUGCGGAGGCCUACCUUGUUUCGCUCUUCGAGGACACCAAUCUCGCUGCAAUUCACGCCAAGCGAGUCACUAUCCAGCCUAAAGAUCUCGCCCUCGCGCGUCGCCUGCGUGGUGAACGCUCUUAA